CCUUCUCUGACUGUUUGUGCUUACUUUCUGCUUAACUAGUAAAGCCUAAAAUAUGUCUGAGACCGCUCCAGCGGCGCCUGCUGCCCCUGCACCUGUGGAGAAGACACCUGUGAAGAAGAAGGCGAAGAAGACCGGCGCCGCUGCUGGGAAGCGCAAGGCGUCCGGACCCCCGGUGUCCGAGCUCAUCACCAAGGCUGUGGCCGCCUCCAAGGAGCGCAGCGGCGUGUCCCUGGCCGCUCUCAAGAAGGCGCUGGCGGCCGCGGGCUACGAUGUGGAGAAGAACAACAGCCGCAUCAAGCUCGGGCUGAAGAGCCUGGUGAACAAGGGCAUCCUGGUGCAGACCAAGGGCACCGGCGCCUCCGGCUCCUUCAAACUCAACAAGAAGGCGGCUUCCGGCGAGGCCAAGCCCAAGGCCAAGAAGGCAGGCGCGGCCAAGGCGAAGAAGCCUGCGGGAGCAGCCAAGAAGCCCAAGAAGGCGACCGGUGCUGCCACACCCAAAAAGGCGGCCAAGAAGACCCCGAAGAAGGCGAAGAAGCCCGCGGCAGCUGCCGGCGCCAAGAAAGUUUCCAAGAGCCCGAAGAAGGUGAAGGCUGCUAAGCCCAAGAAGGCAGCCAAGAGUCCAGCCAAGGCCAAGGCUCCCAAGGCUAAGGCUUCCAAGCCUAAAGCUUCUAAGCCGAAGGCCACCAAGGCAAAGAAGGCUGCCCCUCGCAAGAAGUAGAGUGGCGCGUCCUGCUUUGAAAAUCUCAAACGGCUCUUUUCAGAGCCACCCACAACCUCAUUCAAAAGAGCUGAGCCUUCUGGUUUUCUCCUGGUAUGUCAGCUGACUCUGGCUACGUGGUCUGAAGCAGUUAAAAUUCUGUGCACUCUUGUAGUGGGUACAUUCUGGAGCUUCUGUAAUCCCUAACUUAGCGAUAUAUUGGAUCAUUUUUACCUCUAUUUUGGCUUCUGGCCGGCAGUAUAUGGCUUCUGUUUUUAAUCCCAGAGUUUGGCGGGAAGUCCUUUCUAAUGUCACCUAGGCAUGAUAUAAGGCAAGGCAUAGGGGGUUUCUAGCAAGCUACUCAAUAGUGGCUACAGUCUGGAGCUUCUGAAGUUUUCCUUUCCAAUCCGACUACACACCGUGGUUUUGAGAAUUAACCAAUCAAGCCGUCCUUUCAGUCAUGGCCAUUGCACCAAUCAGAGAUUGUGAUAUUAAGACUUAGGUUUAUGUACCGAGACGCUUUUUUUUUUUCUCUGUCUCCGCCCCUUUCUUCAUCUCAGAGCUCUGGAAUUCUGUCCUAUGAAUUUUUAUUGUGUUUUCCGAGAAAUUGAAAGCGCUCCAAUUUCCCCAAAACUUAGCCACCUUCGGAGUUUUUAGCCACGGAUCACAUUGUCACUAUAAGUGUGGAAGCUUUUUAAAUACCCUGGUGGUUAAGUUUUAGUAAGGAAAUUGAACACCAUUGACAGUUCUGCACAUUCCUUCCUCAUACAUUGUCCUGAGCUUAUCUGUUCUCCCUUUUUUGGUCAGUAGACCAGUAGUAGGCUGAGGACGUGAAAGAAAAACAAUUUUGGAAGGUUUGGUUUGCAGUUUAACUUCUCAAAUUCGGGCAAACAAAACAAAACAAACACAUUAAAAACACAAACCAACACAAACUGUCCUGUAGGAAGCUGAUUCAAAUUUUGUGGAUGUCAUUUCCAUUUCAUUAUUGAAAGUAUUAAGUUUGUGUGUGUGUGUGUGUGUGUGUGUUUGUGUAUAUAUACACACAUAUGUAUGCAUAUACAUUUAUGUUUUUUUGAGAGUGGGGGCUUAGUUUUCUUUCAUCCUGAUGAUUUAAGAAUUCUACAGAUGUUUAAUUGAGCUCCUCAUAAGAAGAAAUUACAUAUCAUUUUAAAAAAAUAUUUUUAUAUUUUUUUGUGUGUGUGUGUGUGUGUGUGUGUGUGUGUGUAAGUGUGUGUGUAGGGUGUAGGUUAGAGGACAACCUGCAACAGUCAGCUCUCUUCUCCUAUGUUGGUUUCAGGUCUGGAGGCAAGCCCCUGUUAUAAGCCAUCAAUUCUGUAUUGUCUACAUUUCAGUCUAGCAUUUAUUUCAUUAGAGAAUAGUGGGCAAAGGAUCUCGUAGCCAAGCCUCAAGAGCUGAGUUCAAUCUGGGGAUCCACGUGUUGGGAGAACACAGGCUCCUAAAAGAUGUUUUUUUCACCUCUUCAGGCCAGUGCUUGUGUAAUUUUCACCCUCCCUUCACAUCUACUCCAGAUAAGGUAAAGCUAUAGUGAUAGGAACUGAAUUACUGAAUUUGAUUUCAUGUAAUUAAAAAAAAAAAAAAAAGGAAAGGAUAGGUAAGUUCCCAUUACAUUUUGAAGUGCCUAUGACAUCAGAAGUGUAUGUGUAACCAGAUGUUUGUAGAAUGCUCUGCAGUUACUGUGCCUUCCAAUGAAGUUCAUGUUAUGAGUGUUCCUUCUGUCUGCUGAUGGAGUUGAUUAUCUGAUGAUGUUAAAGAAUGCCCAAUAAAUACACAGGUAAAAUCUGAUCACACUCACUACUUUUCUCAUCCCCCACACUUUAUGUCCUUAAAGGUCAUUGUCUUAAAAAUGUUUCUUUUUGUGUUUAGCUUUACCACAGCUAUUCUCAUUGACUACACAACAGAAAGGAAAUUUUAGACUGUUGAGCAAGUUUCCAGUGGGAUAAGACCUGAUUUGAAUGCCAGAUGCCAUGUUAAUGGCUUUAGUCCCAGGCAGAUGCAGGCUCAUUUUUCUCUUGUUUCCCUCUACUUUGUUAAUAUAUUUGGCAGAAUUUCCAAAAUCCCAUGACUGAAUUAGAAUAUUGUCUGAUACUGAUUGAAUUUAGAGACUUAAAAUAAAUAUAUUAGCAUGUAGCAGACACAUAUAUUAGAAUGUUUAUGAGCACAUGGGAAUAUUCUUCUGACCUUGAACUCUAUGAUCUGAUUUUUUUUUACCAUCUCCCUUACCUGCUCAAUCAUGCCACUUCAAAUUUGGGGAGUCCAUAAAAUGGAAAAACAUCAGUAUGUGAAAUGUCAAUAUUACUAUUUGUGGAUGGAUUAAAAAAAUAGGAAAUAAGGAAAUAUAAGGAAAAUAAAGA